UCCCCCUUAUAUGAACAGAUACCAGAUGUUAAUAAUCAAUCAAUACAGCGGUCACCAUGAUUGGUCAGCACUGGUCAAUGACAGUUAAAGACAAUAAACCGCCCAGGCCAGUGUCCCAUGUUGAGGUAGUUUCUAGUUUCAAACAGGAUGUCUGACUUGGCCAUGUCUUUGGCCCAAAGGUCAGCUCUGCCCAGACCUAACUAAGACCCUCUGGAUCUUAGUUAGGCAUUUUAAAACAACACCAUAAAUACCUUAAGACAAUCUGUGUGUCCUUUCUACAGAGUUUAACAUCACAGAACCUCAGUUUCUGUCUAUAACAAAGGAACUUACUUUUUACCGCUUAAAGAAACAGAUAUUGUAACUAUGUCAAUAAUUGCCAUUACAAACUGCAGUGAUACUUCACCUCAUACAGUAUAACAUUUCGUGAUAGUUUCGUGACAUUACCCAGUAGCUCGAGAACAGCUAUGUCACAUGCCAUCACACUUCUGGUAAGACGAGAUUUUUGGUGUUUUGUGAAAAAUACUGUGACAAAUCAAUGUCCAAGCUUUGCUAGAUGUGAUGAUUUUUUGAUGAUAUUUUCCGUGUUCGUUACACAGAGCGAGAGCCCUCUUCUUAUCGUUGCGAUUUUUGUCACCGGGAUUGGUGGGACGUUCCAGUAUGGGUUUCAAAUAUCCGUUAUGACUUCACCCUCCUCUUUCAUUAAGGAUCUGGUGAACGCAACCUGUGAGCAGCGGUACGGUCUCUCCCUGGAACCCCAGGAGAUCAAUCUCAUCUGGUCUUUCCUCGUCUCCGUGUUCUGCAUCGGUGGUCUCCUGGGGAGCCUGUGUGCUGGAAGGCUAACGGCAGAAUACGGAAGGAAGAGAUGCCUGUUGUUUAACAACUUUGUGGCCAUUAGCGCUGCUGUGCUGAUGCUGCUCAGCAAAACGGCCAUGUCGUUUGAGAUGAUCCUUGUAGGACGAUUCCUGUAUGGCAUAAAUGCAGGUGUCAGUCUCAGUGUUCACACUAUGUACCUGGUGGAGUGCGCCCCCAAGAGGCUAAGGGGGAUGGUAGGAGUGUCUGUCGCAACCUUCGUCUCCCUGGGGAAGUUCUGUGGUCAGCUCCUGGGACUCAGUGAGCUGUUGGGGACGGAGACAGGCUGGCCUUGGCUCCUGGCGUUCUGCGGUGCCACGGCGACGCUCCAGCUCCUCACCCUGCCCCUCCUCCCAGAGUCUCCUCGCUACCUGCUGCUGGAAAGGGGGGAUCGGCAGGGCUGUGAGCAAGCCGUCCGCAGGCUGUGGGGCAGCAGCAGGGACCACGGCGAGGAGGUGGAGGAGAUGCUGCAGGAGCACGCCGCCCAGCAGGGGGUCCGCACGCACACCGUGCUGGAGUUUCUUCUGGAACGCACCCUGCGGUGGCAGCUCGCCACGGUCCUCGUCACCUUCUCCGCCCUGCAGCUGUGUGGCAUCAAUGCUGUGUACCUGUACUCCUUUGAUGUGUUCCGAGAGGCGGGCAUCCCUGCCCACCAGCUGCGCCACGUCGCCUUGGGAACGGGGCUGUGCGAGAUCUCCGUCUCCUUGGCUUGCUGUCCCGGACGCAUGGGCAAGCAAAUAUGGUCGUGGACAUACUGGCUAAGGACAACUCACUGGUUAUUGUGGGACCACAGCGCCUCCGUGUGGUAUGUAGGUGUAGUGUGUAGCGGUGCUCAGACUGGUAAUCCUGUUUGUUUCCUGUACCUGCUCCAGGUGAUGGUGAUUGAGAGCACAGGGAAGAAGCUACUUCUCUUUAGGGGAUUACUCUGCAUGGCUGCCACCCUUGGCCUCCUGACCAUCACUCUCUACCUGCAGACUCAGGUCUCCUGGAUGCCCUACUGCAGCAUGGCCCUCAUCUUCCUCUUCAUCCUCUUCUUCUCCAGUGGACCCGCUGGAGUGACUGCCCCCCUGCCUGGUGAGAUCUUCACCCAGUCCUUUAAACCGGCAGCCUUCACCGUAGGGUGCACCCUCAACUGGACCGGCCUCUUCCUCCUGGGCAUGCUCUUCCCCCUCAUAGUGGAGUAUCUGGAUUACUUUUGUUUUCUCAUCUUCCUCGGUGUCUGCCUUCUCUCUGGGCUGUUUGUGUGGUACAACGUUCCCGAGACCAAGAACCGCACUGUCCUGGAGAUCACCGCAGACUUCUACAGGAUGCAUUCUAAAACAGGCCUGUCUGAGGAGGCCAAACCCAAACAGCCUGAGGCCACAGGCACCGUGUCUUCAUGUAAAACCACCAAACUCUAACCAAAGAUCGUGUGAUUUGGGGGAUUGCGUGUAACUGUCUGGUAGUUAAACCCUUAACUCAAGCUUUUUAGGUUUUCUGGCUGAACCACAGAUCAAUACUUGUGUCUAGUCUGAGCAGGAUAUUCAGGAGGAAUUAUUGGGAUUUUCAUGGGGUUGACUCUUGACAUGAUUAGAUGUUAAUGCUACACCCAGCCACAAAGACAGGGAGAGCUACAACCAUGGUCGAGUUACAUUACUGGACAAGAUCAGUUGUGCUUAAGUUUCAGUGAUAAGUAUUUCGACAUUUGCUGUCUGAACUGUAACAAAUAUCUACAGGCAAAAAUAAAAUAAAAAACAUUUUAACUUG